AACAUUAGGGUUUAAGCACCGGCGAUUGAUCGCGUGCGCGAUCCUCACGGCGAAUGGAUCUUCUCUUUGCGAUGAGCUCGCCAAAUGUGUAGCGAGAGUUUCUUGCCAAAAGGUAUGAGUCAUGGCUCGCGUUUUGGAGUAUGCCCUUGCUGUCACGCUUCCAUCGCGCUAUUUUUUAUGGACUCUCACUUAGACACUUGUCUCCGAAAAAGUCACGAGGAGGAUUCUGUGGAACCAGAUGAUGAAAAACCAGAGGAAGAACCUCAGACCAAGCAAGAAGUAUUUCCACUCUUCCGUCAAAGAAAGAAGCUUUUGGCAUCUCAGAUCAUUCAUAUUAUCAGGCACGGGCAUACUUUGUUUCAGCAAGGAGAUCAGAAGAUGAUCGAUGUAAGGCUCUCGGCUCAAGGCAUUCAACAGGCCUCCUGCAUUGGUCAGCAGUUGCUGUCGCUUAAGCCAGACGUGAUUCUAGUUUCUCCUCUAACAAGAGCGUUGGACACAUUGAGAUGGGCUUUACACCCGUUCAAGGACGAGAGAAGCAGUUUGCGUCUGGAAGUCAGCAGCUUACACACUGAGCACGUAGCUGGUGCUGGAGAUAUUGGCCGUGAUCCACAGGUACUUUCUCUUGAUUUUCCUUGGCUAUCAUUCGAGAAGCUCGAUCCAGUCUGGUGGUUCUCGCCGCCAGAGGCUCCAAACAUCGGGGCAUUUCGGACGAGAGAAAACACUGCGAACCUCCGCAAACGGGUCGCUUCUUUUCGUCGCCAUCUUCUUUCCAGGCCAGAACAAGUAAUUGCUGUUGUUGGACAUUCUACUUUCUUCAUGGUGCUUACCGGUGAGGAGAAGCGAAUGCGUCACUGUGAGUUUCGCAAGCUCGCAAUCUAAGACGUGAUGAUGCCAAAGCUAUUUCCCAAAGUCAUCCCGGAGUUCAUGCUGUAAGAAAUGUUUCCAGACAGUUGGCCUUUUAUGUGUUUCAGGCAGAAUUUAUGAUCAAGUCCAUAACUGUCAAUUCUUCAAUAUCUUGGCAGUGUUCAAAUUGCUCUCAAACUCUCUUCUUUGGAUUGAUUCUCAAGACUGUCAGCAGCUUGAAAACUAAUUAAACUCUCUUCUCCGUGUUUGCAUGCUUGGAGCGGGAUGAGCAUACAGCCAGCUACAAUCAUUUCAGCACUGGUUGCCUUCCCUCCAGCGUGCCUUGCAGGGAAGGCAGCCUUGAAAUCCAUCAAAAGCUUCAUCACAAGUGUUCUAGAACUGGAGAGCAUUGCAGUUCAAGCUGCAUCUGAUGAAGGCCAGCUGAUGUAUUUGCCGCUUGUUGAAGACAGCAUGGGCAGACUCAUCAGCCUACAAGGCUCUGGAGAGGGGCAAAAAGCCUUGAAAAUCUGAGAAGCCAUGCCUUUCAGGCAGCUUCAAGCAGUGGUGGUGCUAGUACCAGUACAAAUUGGCUUGAAAGGUAUCUCAAGUGUGGAAGUUUGCAUAUUUC